CUCGCAACGCAAUUUAGCAAGAACCCAAAAAGAAAAAAAAACAAACAAAAACAGUUAACGAAUACGAUCAGCUGAUGGCACCGAAACGCGCCAAUUUUCAACGUUGGUGGACGUGUGUGGCAAACUCCGCAAGUCGGGCUGCGCUUUCCGCUAGUCGAUUUGCUUGCCCGUUCCAUCAGGGGGGGCAGUGUAGUCGGUGAGUGGACGGUUGGUGUGGACGCCAGCUCCUCGGAUUUUCAACAAAAUUGUGCCUUUCCUCGACGUUCCGUCCAGCCCGUAACGUUAUCCAAUCUAACCCGGACCCCCACGACCCGACGCAAGCAUCGAGGAGCGAACCCCACCACCGGACCCGCUUUGUGGCGGUUUCACACAACGUUAGGCCUAGCGCGUCCGUAGUCACUCGCUAUGUCUCGUUCACCGAGAUAAAAACUCCGUCAACAUGGUGAAUACGAGGAACAGUUCGUUGGCGGCGGAGCGUUCGACCACGGUUCCGCCGAGGCAUGCAGGUAGGAAUACCAUCGUCGAAGCCCAGAACUCCGAGGAAUCAAGCGAUGACGAGGAAUCAAGCCACGAAUUGUCAUCAGUGCCUACGAGGUCGGCAAAAUCCAUGUCUCAGGUGGUCGAGCCAAGUGGCUUGACAAAUGGACGCCACCACCCGUCGCUCAGGAGCCGGGUGGCUCAUGCCAGGGUCAUAGUGUCGUCGGACGACGACAUGAACGAGGGCGAGGACGACGACAGCAUGGUGCGUCGGAGCAAGCGGCGUCGCAAGUGCAUUUACGACAACUUGAACCAGUCGUGGAUCCUCACCUCGAACGUCCCAGAGUUCGUCAAGGCUUCGGCGGAGCGGUCGUCAACGAGGUCCAAGACCAACUCUGCUCCGUUCCAUCACCUCCGCAGCAGCGUCACCCACAACAUCUGUCCUGUCGGAGCCAACGACUCCCGGAUGUUGGACGGAGAUAAUGAAGACAGCCUGGAGUCUAAGCAAAGCCAUGACAAGUCUGGCAGCAGGGAACUACGCCAGCUGGAGCCCCCCGAGAUGGCGGGAACGUUUUCGGACGACAUGUAUUCCCGGGUGAAGCGCACGCGGCAGCAGCACCGGGACGCGGCCCCUCCCACGCGGUCCUUCUUCAAGUCGGGCCAGUCCUCUAGGCGGAGCAGGCGAGGGGACCGUGGGGAGGCGGGAGAGGAGGGUGGCGAGGGUGCCAGCGACACUGAUGGGGCCCAGGGGAGCUCCGACGCAGAGGUGACUGAGCUGGGGGACACGGAGGAUGAGGGGCCACUGCCCACCAUGAACGGCUACCACCUCCGGCCCAAGAAGCCAGUCACGGAGCGCUUCCAGGUGCCUGUCGAGGCAACAAAGCGGUCCAAGCGAAUAACAAGCAUCUUCCACACUCCCAAGCACAACCGGAUGACGCCUUCCUUCAAGUCACCCGCCCACCGACCCAUCUACAGGAGCAAGCGCCACGCCACGCACAACAGCUCGUCGACGAGCAGCUCGAGCGACGACGAGCGGCGGUUUGAGCGCCGCAAGGCACGCAGCAUGGUGCGCGCCCGCAACCACUGCCUGCCACUGAACUUCCAGGAGAAGGACCUGGUCAAGGGGGUACUCCGGGACCGGGCCAAGAUCGGUUGCAGCCUGGCCGACGUGGACCCCAUGCAAGUGGACAAGGAGGUGACGUUUGACCGCGUGGGGGGCCUGGAUGGGCACCUGGAGCAGCUGAAGGAGAUGAUCCUCUUUCCCCUCAUCUACCCGGAGGUCUUCGACAAGUUUAAGAUCACUCCGCCCAGGGGCGUCCUCUUCCACGGACCUCCCGGCACGGGCAAGACGUUGGUGGCGCGGGCACUGGCUAACGAGUGCAGCCGUGGGGACCGACGGGUGGCAUUCUUCAUGCGCAAGGGGGCCGACUGCCUGAGCAAGUGGGUUGGGGAGUCGGAGCGGCAGCUGCGCAUGCUCUUCGACCAGGCCUACUCGAUGCGUCCGUCCAUCAUCUUCUUUGACGAGAUCGACGGCCUGGCGCCCGUGCGGUCGACGCGGCAGGACCAGAUCCACAGCUCGAUCGUGUCGACGCUGCUGGCACUCAUGGACGGCCUCGACUCGCGCGGUGAGGUGGUCGUGAUCGGCGCCACCAACCGGGUGGAUGCCAUCGACCCUGCUCUGCGGCGCCCCGGGCGCUUCGACCGGGAGUUCCACUUCGCCCUGCCCUGCCACCAGGCGCGCCUCACCAUCCUGGAGAUCCACACAAGAGACUGGGUGCCACCACCCGGCCGGCCCUUCCUGUCGGAGCUCUCGGCCCGCUGCACGGGCUACUGCGGCGCCGACCUCAAGGCCCUGUGUGCGGAGGCCGCCCUGGCCGCCCUCCGCCGCAGCUUCCCCCAGAUCUACGCCUCCAAGGAGAAGCUCCAGCUCAACAUCGACGCCGUCCGAAUUCUCCCGGAAGACUAUGAGCGUGCAAUGCGCAAGAUAGUCCCCGCGGCGCAGCGGUGCGCGGCCACCCCUGCCCGCCCCCUGAGCCUGACGGUGCGGCCGCUCCUCUGCGCACAAGUGGAGCGGGCGCUCGCGCACCUCAGGACCUCCUUUGCCUUGGGGCUGCGCAAGUCACCCAUUGCCAUGGUCACCGACGGAAGCCACACGGACGACGGCAGCGUCUUUUCGGAAGACGAUGCAACAUCGAGGGAGUCUGGCAACCUCUUGGGGGGAGACCCCUCCUGCAUGGAUGCCUCCGAUGCGACCAAGCUCAUCCCCAGUGUCAGGUCCCGGUUUGCGGGCGGGGCAGCUGUGAGCCACCGUCCCCGGCUGCUCAUCUGCGGCCGGGGCGGACUGGGGCAGACGACGCACGUGGCUCCCGCCGUGCUGCACCUGCUGGAGCACCUCCCUCUGCACCGGAUGGACCUGCCUUCCCUGCACGCGGUCACCGCUCGGGCCCCCGAGGAGGCCUGCGCUCAGGUGUUCCUGGAGUGUCAGCGGGUGCUGCCCGGUGUGCUCUACCUGCCCCACCUCUGUCAGUGGUGGGACACCCUGGGUGAGGCGGUGAGGGCCACCUUCGUCACCCUGCUACAGGACCUGGAGCCCCUUACGCCCGUGCUCUGGCUGGCCACCGCGGACGUGCCCUUCGAGCAGCUGCCACCCGAGGUACAGCGGCUGUUCGGUCCGUCAGAGGUGCUGGAGCUGUCCGCGCCGACUGCGGCGGAGCGGCGUCUCUUCUUUGCGCCCGUGUUCGCUAAGGCAGCGAGCGUUCCGGGCACCAGGCGCCCGACCCCGGCGCAGAUGCCGCCCCUGCCCCCCGCGCCGCCCCCCGAGCUGCGUAAGCUGACGCCAGCGGAGUUGGAUCGGCUACGGCAGCAGGAAGACGCCACGCUACGUGAGCUGCGCCUGUUCUUGAGGGACAUCCUGACAAAGCUCCAGCGGGACCGGCGCUACGCCAUGUUUGCCAAGCCCGUGGACGCGUCGGAAGUGCCAGACUACCACUCGGUGAUCGCCCAGCCCAUGGACCUGGAGACGAUGAUGGUGAAGGUGGAUCUGCACCAGUACCACUCCGUGGCGGAGUUUCUGGGCGACGUGGACCUCAUCUGCUCCAACGCCCUCGAGUACAACCCCGACAGGGACCCCACAGACAAGAACAUCCGGCACCGGGCGUACGCACUGCAGGAUGCCGCACAUGCGCUGGUGGACACGGAGCUGGACUGGGAGUUCGAGAAGAUUUGCCAGGGGAUCGUGCAAGCAAGGAAGGAGAGAGGAGAGGAGCCCGUUGCCUACGUGCCCAAGAACUACCACGUGGUGCCGCGCCAGCCACCGCGCCGGGACAGCGACGUGAAUGAGGUGGCUCACCUGGACGCACCCAGCGAGGACGGCGGCAACAAACGGUUCAGCCGCCGGAUCAGGGGCCUCCAUGUUUCGUCGGACGAGGAGGAGGCACCCAAAGCUGCGGCAAGUGGGCAUGCGACGACGGACGGCGCGACCAACAGCGGGAGGAUGCCUCUCCCGCCGCGCUGCGAAGUCUCGUCCAAGUCGACGCCCACGAGCCAAAGCGAGCCAUCCGGCCGCAGGGCGUAUGCGGUGGUGCGGCGCCGCAAGUCCCCCUGGUUCGGCUGCCACUCCCGGCGCCGGAUACGCCUCGCCACCACGCAGUACGCCCCGGCCACCCCCAAGCACCCGUCGUCGACCGGCAAAGCGGCAAGGGCGAGGCUCAAGCGGCGACGUCUCAGUUCCGAGCACACCGUCCCCAAGGAGACUCCGACUGCGUGCACCAGCCCCAGCUCUUCGCUCAAUACCACCGUGCCCUUGGACGUGACGUUGCCUCCAGCGACGGAAGUUCCGGCUUGUUCCGUAGAGCAGGCGGCAGUGUCCAGCCCGGACAAGGCUGUCGAGGUUGGAGAGGCUUCUAAUCAUACACAAGGGACGGAAGUGCCUCGCCAGUUGCACCUAGACCGGAGGCGGCUGAAGGAGAUUGAAGACGAGGUUUUGUCGCUGACGGAGGGCUGCUCGGUGGAGACACUCGAACGACUACACUGCUCCUUGCUCAACGCCGUCAGGCGGCACCGAUCCUCUUGGGACAGGGGACCCCUGCUGGCGGAUUUUACCGCUGAGCUGGAACGAUUCCAGAGCCUCCUCAAGCGACUACCCCGGGCGUAGCCGACUUUAGGGCCGUCUCGGAGGGAAACACUGCCAUCAUCAUCAGCAAGCCCAUUGUCCACCAUUUACACAAAUUCGGGAAGACGUCUCAAAGCACUGCCACGUGACGCUCGACGACGGAGUCGAGGACAGCGUCGAGGAAGAAGGAAAACCCGCGGGCACGCAACGACCGACGCGUUGCGUUGUGACUCUUCUAAAUUGCGUUACAGUGUGCUGGGCUAAGCCGCUCAAGUGAUAAAUUUUUACUCGGUUCGCAUCUACCUUUUCUUUUAAGCUCGCAUACCCAAAGCGCAUUCAUAAUAGAAGCCUUUUCCGUGACCGUUGGUGAGCGACUUGUGAUGUCUUUUUCUGGUUUUGUUUUUACCGUAUUCUAUGCUUUCGUCGGCCCCACGGUUUCUGAAGGAGGCCAGGGUGCUCUUUUGUACAGUUUAGUUUCUUUCAAUGGACUAUCAUUAUUGUAGUUUUUGUUCAGUCUGUUGUGGAAUGAGUGGAAAGGCGAUUAGGGGGGAGGGAGGGAAGGGAAGGGAAGGAAGAAAGGAGGGUGGAGGGAGGGGAGAGAGAGCAGAAUUGGCCGGUGUAUAGCGCGUUAAAAUAAGGUUGUGGAACCAGAAGAAAGUGUCGGCAAUAUUUUAUAAACCUUCCAAAAACACGUACAGUGCUCUUAGGUAAAGGGUACGGCGUUUUUGUAAAACUUGUGCCGUCUUCAUGGCGUCGUCCCGACAAUAGCGUACAAGUGGUCGGAUGUCUCAAUUUUUUUACGGACUGUAGCUUACGUCGUGACUUUUCUUUUUCUGAACUGUUGUAUCCCUUCAACCAAAGAUCUAGUAGGUUCUUCCCAUAGUCCUACCAAAAUUGGAAGUUUUUUGGGGGAUUUGUUCGAUGCCUCAUAUUUCGGUCCCGUGGUUAUUUUUGUUUUUUACAUUUACUUUGUGGUUGCGUGGUGCCCGCUCAGUGAUGUGUCUCUGUAUACUUGUUUUUCUUGCUACUUAUUGACAGAGUUGAUUUUGUAGUGGAGCGAGGAGUUCCUUCCAGCAGCUUCUCUGCACUACUGCCAGGAUCGCAACACAGGACCACUGCCAGGGACGCGUGACAUGAUGCUACCUCCCGUUGCAGCAAAACAAUAAAGUGUGAAUGUUUUGAACAGGGA